AUGUCUCCCGGAAUAACAAGCAUUCUGGAGCUGCUGAAGGAGUACGUCAGGCACUAUCGCCCACUGGACGAGGAGGAGGAGGACAAACACCAACAUCCUCAGCAGCACACCCACGCCCAGAGGAGUGCUGUUGAAGGAGGAGGAGGCUUGGGGGGUGGGCCGGGGGCUGGGGGAGGGUUUGACUGCUCUGCGUUUGUGAAGGGACUCACCUACCUGUUCGAUCUUCUCCUCAGCUACCGUCGGAAGGCAGUCGUGGCACAGGCCGGGCUGCUGGUGGCGUCACAGCUGCGGGUGGUGGUGGACAAGGGCAACUUUGGCGGUGAUGACAACAACGGUAAUGAACAGCAGAGGGGGCGGUAUGCUAUGAACCACCGCCACUCCGUCCUCAAGGAUCUCAACGAACUCCUUAGCAACCUCAGUGUUGGGGUGCGCACAGGACUCAGGCGACAGUGCUCCACCCUCUUGUAAGGACCUUGGAUGGCUGGUGUGGCUGGGUGGGUGUGGCUAGAUGCGGAUUGUUUGGUGUGGUUGGCUGGGUGUGGCUGGAUGGACAUGGAUGGAUGGGUGUGAAAGGGUGGCUGUGGCUGGCUGGGUGUGACUGACUGGGUGGGGCUGGGUGUGAAUCUUCGUUGCCAAAUUAUCGUAUUAACCACAUAUCGUAUCUACCAUUUUUAUGCCUGAAACUCUCGUACCUACACAAGUAACGUGAGAAGAUCAAAGUUAGUGGUAAAACUGUUGAAUAUUGAUGUUUUUCGUUCUUUGUUGUCAUAGUUAUCGGUCAGCAACUACGAAAAUGAAAUGCGAUGAGUACGAUAAUUUGGCAACGCUGGUGUGAAUGGGUGUGACUGACUGGCUGGGUGUGAAUGGGUGGCUGUGGCUGGCUGGGUAGGUGUCUCUGGCUGGGUGUGGUCGGGUGUGGUUGGCUGGAUGGCUGACCGGCUGGGUGUGGCUGGAUGGCUGGCUGGGUGAAUGAAUAUGUUUGUAGUUUUGUGUAUUUAGCAAUUUGUUUUAUUUAUCUUUUUAGUUGUCCAGGCAAUGAUGGCCUGCCAUUCCCUUUGGCUGGCUGAUUGGCUGGUUUUGUUGUAAUACUUAUUUAUGCGUUAAUUUAUAUAGCACUUGGAGUCAUGCCAUUGAUUGAAGAGGAGAAAAUAUUGCCCAUUGCAUCUUACUUUUACAUGAUGAACAAACUUAGAUCAGAAUCAUUGGUGUUAGCUGCAACAUCAUUACAUUUACUAAACAUUCACCCUUUGCUGUGAGUUCUAACACCAACACAGUUUCCCCCACUCA